AUGUCAAAGUAUGUUAAAUAUUUUGUCCAAGCUAAAAAACUAGAUAAAAGAAAACGAAAAUAUUAUAAACUAGAAUUUUUAGAAUUAAAUAAGGAAUUAAGUAUACCAUAUCCUUUAAGAGAACAAAAUCAACCAAAAAGAUUAGAUUUAUCUAAAUAUUUAAAUAUAGAAGUAGGCGAUUUAGUUAAAGUAUUAUAUGGACCUGAUAAAGAUAAAGAAGGGCUAGUACUAAGUAUUAACCCCAAAAGAAAUACUGUAAUUGUUGAUGGAUGUAAUAUGAAAAAAUCAGCAUGGAAUGUUACAAGUAAAAAAGGGUCAAUCAUUACACAAGAAAUGCCAAUUCAUAUAACAAAUGUAGCUAUUUUAGAUCCAAUAAAUAAAAAACCAACAGUAGUAAAAAGGAGGUAUAUGAUGAAUGGGGAGUGUGUAAGAAUAUCAAAAAUUUCAGGUUGCGCAAUGCCUGAACCUGUUAAUAAAAAUAUUUUGAAAGAGCAAAAUAAUUAUGAAUUGUUCAUUCAAAAAAAAAAAACAGGUCCACCAAUAAAGGAUAUAUAUGCAGAAAAAGAUUCCAAAAACUUUAAUUUAUUAAAGAAAAUAGCAUAUGAAAUAAAAAAAAAAAGAUUUUAUGAAAUGAAAAAUUUUUUUAAAAAAGAUGAGGAAAAUGAGAAAAGUAGUACAAUUAAAAGUUUUUAA